AUGGGGGGGGAUUCCACCAAGACCAAACGACACGCGGCCGGAAGAAAAACAAAACCAAAAUACGAGCAUUUCGAGGUUCGCCACGGCUGGCUCUCCAUCUACACCUCCACCGACCCGGCGUCCAGCCACAACAAGGACAGCGCCAGAGACCAGGUGCUGGCCGAGGUGAGGAAGCUGGUGGACACAUACAAGGAGGAGGAGGUGAGCAUCACGACGACGGGCCACAGCCUUGGGGCGGCGCUGGCCACGCUCAGCGCCUUCGACAUCGUUGAGAACAGCUACAACGGCACGUUCCCCGUCACGGCGUUCGUGUUCGCCAGCCCGCGGGUGGGCGGCGCCGGCUUCAGGAAGCGGUUUGACGCUGCCGGCGCGCUACGACUGAUGCGCGUGCGCAACGCCCACGACAUCGUGCCCAGGUACCCGGCGCUGCCGUACCACGACGUGGGCGCCGAGCUGGCCAUCGACACGGGCGCCUCGCCGUACCUCAGGGCGCCCGGGGACGAGCGGGUCUGGCACAACCUCGAGUGCUACCUUCACGGGGUGGCCGGCGUGAAGGCCGGAGGAGGGUUCGAGCUGGCGGUGCAGCGCGACGUGGCGCUCGUGAACAAGUCGUAUGGCGCUCUCAAGGAGGAGCACGCGGUGCCGGCGGCGUGGUGGGUGCCGGCGAACAAAGGCAUGGUUAAAGGAGACGAUGGGCGCUGGAGCCUCGUCGACUUCGAGGAGGACGACGGGGAGGAUGCCGUCCUGCCGCUGAACAACAAGUGA